GACACCAUGGCGAAUGAUGUCUUUCAAGCCGCAACCGAGUCCUUCUCCGUCUGGCUGCAACACGCCGGCGCGAAGGUCUCGGACAAAAUCACCAUUGCAGAUCUUCGGGAUCGUCACGCCGGUCGUGGAGUCGUCGCCCUGCAAGACCUCGCCGAAGAUGAGGAACUCUUCGCCAUUCCUCGCGCCGCGAUCCUCACCGCAGAGAAUUCCGAUAUCCCGUCACAGUUGCUGGCGGACAUUGAAGAUCCCUGGCUACAGCUCAUCCUGGCGAUGAUUUUUGAAAAUGCGCGAGGGUCGCAGUCGAGGUGGAGUGCGUACCUAAAUAUACUGCCCACGUCGUUUGAUACGUUGAUGUUCUGGUCGACAUCGGAGCUUCAAAUGCUCCAGGGAAGUGCGGUAGUGGACAAAAUUUCUCGAGAGGCAGCGGAUCGGACAUUCGCGGAACAACUCCUCCCGAUCGUUCGAUCGAAUCAGGAAAUCUUCCAAGCGCAGGCGCUCGGCGACGGCGAUCUCCUGGCGCUGUGUCACCGCAUGGGAAGUACAAUUAUGGCCUACGCAUUCGAUCUGGAAAAGUCGACAGAAGGACAACAGCCGCCCCAAGCGCAGGACGAGGAAUGGGAAGUCGACGAAGAAGAGAAUCCCGCCAAAGGCAUGGUCCCGCUCGCCGACCUGCUCAACGCCGACGCCGACCGCAACAACGCCAAGCUCUUCUACCAGGAAGACCAAGUGGUCAUGAAAACCAUCAAGCCCGUCCUCCGCGGCGAGGAACUGUUCAACGACUACGGCGCGCUGCCCACCGCUGAUCUCGUCAGGCGAUACGGCUAUGUGACCCCCAACUACACCCGCUACGACGUCGUCGAAAUCUCCGCCGAUCUCAUCCGGAGCACGAUAUCUAAGAACACUGACCUCAGCAACACCGAGCUAGACGAGCGAUGGACCUACCUGGACGACCAAGGGGUUCUCGACGACGCAUACGACAUCAGCCAUCCCCCUCCCCACUCCUCCUCCGGAGAAAACAACAACAAUCAAGGAGACGAAGAAGAAGACUCCCAACCCCAAUACCCCGACGAAUUCCUCAUCCUCCUGGCCACCCUCACCGCCCCAAAAGAAACCUUCACGACCCUCAAACGCAAAUCCAAACUCCCCAAACCCCACCUCGAGCCUCCCGCCCACCACCUCCUCACCGCAAUCCUCACGGAUCGCCUCGCCAUGUAUCCCACAAACCUCCCUCCUGCCAUCCACGAGGAGAAUUCCAGCCCGAUCCAGCGCCGCCGAGAAAUGGCCGCGCAGCUCAUCGCAGGUGAGGAACGCGUCCUGCAUGAAGCGAUUCAUGGCCUAGCGGGACCAGCACGACAGGCUUCGCCGGUGAAACGCAUGGCGGAUGACGAUGACAGCGACCAGUCGCGGCGCACACGCGUGAAGCGGUAA